UAUUCAUCGUCUCUCAGUUACCUUCAAUCGGACUGCUCGCCUCUUUCUGUUUCUCUAUUUCACUGACAAUGGCCGCCGCCGCUCCUCCGCCGCCACCCACCCCAACCCCGACUCCUCCCUCCACCGUCACAGCCGAUUCAUCUCCAAUCGGUAACCCUCUAUUCACCCGUAUCCGUCUCGCCGCUCCCUCCGAUGUCCCUCACAUUCACAAGCUCAUUUACCAAAUGGCCGUCUUCGAACGCCUCACUCAUCUCUUCUCUGCCACCGAAGCUUCUCUCUCUGCGCAUCUCUUCUCCUCUACGCCGUUCCAAUCCUUCACAGUUUUCAUCCUUGAAGUUUCCACUAAACCCUUCCCCGAAAACUCCCCUCAUAACUAUAACCCUAAUUACACCCCCGUCGCUCGGAUCAUCAAUUCUGACCUCCCUGUGGACGAUCCAGAACGGGAGAUUUUCAAAUCGGAAGAUGAAAAUGUCGUAGUUGCUGGAUUUGUUCUGUUUUUCCCUAACUUCUCAACCUUCUUAGGGAAACCUGGUUUAUAUGUGGAGGAUAUAUUCGUGAGAGAGUGUUAUAGGAGGAAGGGGUUUGGGAAACUUUUGCUGUCGGCGGUGGCCAAACAGGCCGUGAAAAUGAAUUAUGGUCGAGUGGAGUGGGUGGUACUUGACUGGAAUGCUAAUGCGAUUCGAUUUUACGAGGAAAUGGGUGCUCAAAUCUUACCGGAGUGGAGAAUCUGCAGACUCACCGGCAAAACUCUUGAGGUUUAUGGAGAUGAUAUCUGACUUUGUUUCCCCUUUUCUUAGAGAUGAUGUCUGAUCUUGUUUCCCCUUUUCUUGCUUUGAUUACACUUGAAGAAACUGAAGAGAAAUGUGGCUGAUAUGUUUUCCAUUUGGAUAUCUACAUAUCUGCGUAUGGUUUUAGACUUUUAGUUGAAGUUAAUCACUGAAACGUUUCUUUUUCCAGUGGCUUUUGAUCAUGUUGUGUUUA